AAGUACAAGACUAGAAUCGCAACCACCAGCUCAACGUCGCUUCAAUUUCAGUAUAACUGCUUCUAUUGCGUCAAUAUCACCAACAUGAAGGCCCCUUACUUUCUCACUUUCCUUGCUGCCGCCGUCUCGGCGCAGAAUGCUGGCAUCGGAUUCCCAACGAAAGACCAGGAGAUCACGGCGGGAGAGAAUUUAGUUGUUCAGAUUCAGCGCCCGAACUCCUUAACUGGCUCCAAGGAGAUGGGUGUCGCAAUUGGCGUGGCAUCCUGCGCCUCAAGACCUUGUAUGGCUCCGAAGGACACACUGGGCACUCUCCUCUAUAACGGGCCCUUCAAGCCGGAGUACCACGAGACUAGCCAGCCUCCUUAUCAGAACUUCACCGUGACGAUCCCAGACUCCAUAGCGAAGGGAGACGCACAGAUCAACGUCGCCCAUGUGGCAAUUGUCGGGGCGAGCGCGUGGCCAUACCUGGACCUGCUCAAUCAGACUGUUGUUGUUGCUUAGGUCUUGGGUGGAGGAUGCCUGCCUGUUUCCGCCUGUAUAGGCUGUCUGCGGGACUGGCGUGUUGUAUAUUUGUUUAUUAACUUUCUCUGGAUUUAAUUUCUUGGCUUUUAUUCUGGGAUUGUCCGUCCUUUGUCAUUUUGGUCUUCAAAUUUCCAGGGAUCCUUUUAGCUAUAGGAUCGCCUAUUCUUAAUUUAUUCGUUUUCAUC